AUGGCGACGGCGAAGCUUCGCGGUAGUGAGGACAGAUAGCUGGCAGCUUGCAAAAACAUCUGUGAAAGAUGAGAACUGUGACUAUACGAUAACAUAUAUUUAUUUAUCAAGUAUUAUUAAUAUGACUGCAUUACCUCAGCGUUCAUAUGAACGUUAAACACGAUGAUUUCCGGUGAAACACGAGUGUUUUGAGCAUGAGAUUCCUGCCAGAGUUUCUCAUGAUGGACACAAAACCAGGUUACUGUCUUGGCUCAUCUGGCAAACUGAUGGAUCAGUACAUGAUUAAAGAUCACAUGCUGUCACAUUACAGAAAGCUGUAUUCGGCCAAAGCUGCUGUGGACUGUUCGUUGCCUAAAAGCAUGUACAGUAAUGUCAAAUAUGUUGAUCAAAAGCGCCGUGAGCAGUUAAGGAAAGACACUCAAGGUCAAUCAGGAAGAUCCACUUCCCAGACGAGCACUAGGAUAAACUCAAGAACUUCCUGUUCUUCUAAGAAUAGCAGACCCUCUGUUCAGGGUGGCGACAGUGCCUAUCAUUACCUGGAUCAAUCUCUGAUGUCCUCGCCUAGAAUCAGCACCUCAUUCCACUCCAAACAAAUCGUAUAUCCGUCCCCUACGAACCAUUUCCAGUCCGCCUCAGAGUUGAGUUACCGAAGCCCAAACCCUCACUGGCAUCCCGCGGGUCCGUCCUGUGCCACGUCCGCCAGUCAGAGAGGAUACAGAAGCUUUCAGGAUCCCACACAGAAGACCUACAGCGGUGACGUUCUUCUGAAACACGCUCAUCGCUUCACUCAGGAGAAACCCUUCACUCCGAGAACGCUCAAAUCAGACCACAAGUCCACGCUCUUACAAUAUCGCUAUUACACACCUCCACGGAGGAAAGCUGAGGAGGAGAGAUCCUCAUCUAAAGUCGUCCGACAGGAGACGUAUCACGGCAGCACACGGUCCAAACAAGGCUUUUCUCCACAGCUCAAGUCACCCCAGCCAUUUACUCUUGAUCAAGAGUGGUCGGAUGAAGAAACCGAUUCAUUUAGACAUCACGGCAAGACGAGCAGGUUUAGAGGCAGUGAUUUUCUUCUCUCAUCUUCCAGGAUUUCACCAGAAGGCAUGAGGUCUCCCAUAAUGAGAAAGGUUUCAGCAGAGGAAGAAGAAUUAAUGUACCUAGAGUUCAUUACAGACGUGACGAAUGAGAUCUUAACACAGGGCCUUUAUUCUGACAGGGUACUGAAAAGAGUAUUUGAACGUCACAUUGAUAUGAACAAACAUCGAUUAGAUGAGAACAAAAUGCGCCACCUUCUAGACAAUCUGCAGGAGGAUCUGCAAAGUCCCCCAGCUGCCGCCAUCACGUCUAACAGUUCUGCCAUCUGUCAGAUGCUGCCAUCAGAUGAUGUUGAUGAUCUGCUUCAUAAAGUGUUCAACGAGAACCGAGGCCAGAGCGAGGACAUCAGCUCUGCUGUAGCGUCCACACCUUUGAACCAAAGUCGAGCCGGUCUGGAGGAAGUGGAUGUGGAGUUCAGUCAUAAUGAAGGCGAGAUCUUCCUAAAUGAUAACGAACAUCUCAAUCCCAGGAACACUGAAGAUGAUAAUGAGGUGUCGGAACAGGUUGAUGAACUUGGGAAAAUCAUGGCGGAGUCUUUAAGAGUGUCAGAAACUCAACAGGAGCAGGUGAGAGGAGACAUCAGUGAUGAUGAGUUUUAACUCAGUGAAAUGUUUGCAAAAGCACAAUGCUUUUUUUCUUUAUGACACUGUAAUUGUUUGCUCUUUUGUUCUGUUUUGUUUACUUUUUAAAUGUUAUAUUACUUUUUUUACAGAAAAGCCAUGUGUGUUUUCCAUGAGGUGAUAGUUACACAGUAUUUUCAGUAUCUUAUGUGCAGUAUUCAGUACUUUCCUGAUUUUUUGCUAUUAAUUGGGUGUUUAUUGGUUAUAUCAAAAGCCACACCGUGUCACAUUUUUAGCCUAGUUUGUUACUUAGUUUUACUAUUUAAUUUGUUUACUUGUAUGUAACAUACAGUUGCAGUAUUCAUAUUCAGUGAUAUACUUGAUACAGUGAAUUUUAUUUAAA